UGUCGUCACAGCCUGCGGCGGUCGCCUCGUUCGCCCACACUCGGCUGUCUUCGGCAACUUCCGGCCGACGAACUCCGUCCCUCCGCCCAGCAAUCAUUCCUGCGUUGUUUGGGGACAGAAGCAAGAUGGCGGCGGCCCCGCUGUACUGUGUCUGCCGGCAGCCCUACGACGUGAGCCGGUUUAUGAUCGAGUGCGACAUCUGCAAGGACUGGUUCCACGGCAGCUGCGUGCACGUGGAGGAGCACCAUGCGGUGGAUAUCGACGUUUACCACUGCCCCAACUGUGACGUCCUGCACGGACCCUCCCUCAUGAAAAGGCGGAACAAUUGGCACCGCCACGAUUACACGGAGCCCAACGACAGAGCCAAGCCGGUGCAAGCCGGCACCGCCAUGUUUGUCAGGGAGCUGCAGAGCAGAACCUUCGUGAGCGGCGAGGAAAUCCUGAUGCGCAUGCGCGGCGAGCAGGUGACGCCCAAGUUGCUGGAGCGCUGCGGCUUCCGCCGGCCCAUCGCCGUCACCGAGAUGGAGGGCCUCGGCCUCAAGCUGCCGCCGCCCACCUUCGGCGUGCGGGACGUGGAGCAGUACGUGGGUGGCGACAAAGUGAUCGACGUGAUCGACGUCGCCCGGCAAGCCGACACCAAGAUGAAGCUGAGCCAGUUCAUCAAGUACUUCACCAGCCCCCAGCGGCCCAAAGUGCUCAACCUCAUCAGCCUGGAGUUCUCCGACACCAAGAUGUCCGAGCUGGUGGAGGUGCCCGACGUGGCCCAGAAGAUGUCCUGGGUGGAGAACUACUGGCCCGACGACUCGUUCUUCCCCAAGCCCUUCGUGCAGAAGUACUGCCUGAUGGGCGUCAAGGACAGCUACACCGACUUCCACAUCGACUUCGGCGGCACCUCCGUGUGGUACCACGUCCUCUGGGGCGAGAAGGUCUUCUACCUGAUUAGGCCCACGCCCGCCAACCUGGCGCUGUACGAGGCCUGGAGCUCCUCGCCCAAUCAGAGCGAGGUCUUCUUCGGGGACAAAGUGGACAAGUGUUACAAGUGCGUCGUGCCGCAGGGGACCACGCUGCUUAUCCCCACAGGCUGGAUCCACGCCGUCCUCACCUCUCAGGAUUGCAUGGCGUUCGGGGGCAACUUCCUGCACAACCUCAACAUCGGCAUGCAGCUCAGGUGUUACGAAAUGGAGCGUCGUCUGAAAACGCCCGACCUCUUCAAGUUUCCCUACUUUGAGGCCAUCAGUUGGUACGUGGCCAAGAACCUUCUGGAAACUCUCAAAGAGCUCCGAGAAGACACCUGCCCGCCUCCGACGUACCUGACGGAGGGCGUCAAGGCCUUAAUUUGCGCGCUCAAGACCUGGUUGAAGAGAGAGGUGACGCAGCCCAACAGCGAAGUCCCGGACAACAUCAGGCCCAACCACCUCAUCAAGGAGCUCGCCAAGGAAAUUCGACACCUGGAGGAGGAACCGAGCACCGGCGGCGGCGUCAAGCCGCUCAAAUCUCAGGGAAGCGUCUGCGGGGGAUCCAACGGGUGCUCGUCCACUCGCGCCACCCUGGAGCGCCUGUGCCAGGCCCGGCAGGCCAGGCGCGCCGCCCGCCACCUGCGGGAGCAGCGCCAGGCGCCCAGGACGCCGUCCAACCUGGACAUCCUGGAGAGGCACACCAGGGAGGUUCUGAGGAGGCUGGAGGUGGGCCCCCUGGAGGAGGACCCGGCGUUCUGCGCCAAAGUUCGCGGGAAGCUCAACAAGGCGUCGACGGCGUCGGCCGCCGCCGCUGCGGAAUCUCUGGAGGAGAAUCACCUCAGACUCAUGCUGGUCAACGGCAGGAUCAUACGGGAUAUGAGGCGGCCCGCGGUCAAGGCCGAGUGCGAGAGUCACAACGGCGCCGCCAGCAAGAACGUUGACCUCAAGUCUUACCGGAUCGGUCGAGGGCCGCUCGCCGACGCCCCCGUCGCCGGCGUGGAGAGAGCGAAGAGCCAACUCAGGGAAGAAGCGGCGGGACACUCGUGCGCGUCGGACGCCGAUUCGGACAGCGACGCGCCCACGCAACGCAAAGCGUCGCCGCUGUCGUCCUCGUCCGACGACGAUUCCGAGGAAGAGGAGCAAAGGAAGAAAGGACACACCAUCCAGCUGGACCGGCCUCGCCAGAAACCGCUCAAACGAGAACGUCCUACCUCACCCAGCACGGAAGAAGCCAUUCAGGGGAUGCUUUCCAUGGCCGGCCUGCUGUGCUCCCCCAAGCCGGAGAAGGCGGCCUCGCCCCGGGAGCCCUGGUGGUCGCCCGGCCCCGCCCCGGCGCCCCGAGGCCAGCGCCGGCAGGGGGACGUCAGCCCGAUGGACAGCCAGGGCAACAGCAGCGAGGCCUGGGACAAUCGGGGCCUGCCCAGCCCGGAGCACGACUACCAGUACUGUGAACCCGACAUGUCGCCGCCCCUGCACCCUUCCAAGAGGCACGCCCCCAACCCCCCGCCCGUCAGCAAUCAAGCCACAAAAGGCAAGCGGCCCAAAAAAGGAAUGGCCACGGCCAAGCAGAGACUGGGCAAGAUUUUGAAAAUCAACAGACACAGUCGCGUUUUUGUCUGAAAACAAAAACAAACAAAAGAUUCUUCUUAUGGACAAUAUUUUGACACCUUUGAUUUAUUUAUUAUUAUUAUUUUUUUUUUUGACGGCAAGGAGGACAAAGGAAACAACACUCGGUCAAGCACCACUACGAGCACACUAACCGCAAAACAAAACGCAGGACGAGGACGGGAGCGAUCGCGCGGGCAUUAAAAAAAAAAAAAAAAAAAGAAAGGUCGACGAGGUUUACCAAACAACUUUUGACGCCAAGUUGGAUUUUUUUUUUUUUAAGUUUGAUCCUUUUUUUUCCCCAAUUUUGGGCAGCAGAUUUCAAAAACGGUGCUCAACAUUUUGAAGAUUCACCAGCAAUAAACAACGCGAGAUGGAUGGAUGGAGGGAGGGAGGGAGGGCAGCCCCCCCCUUUUUUUUCCACUCUUUUCUACAAGCUGAUUGCUGCCCCCCCCCUCCGGUUGGUUUAAAUAGGAAACUUUAAAAAAAAAAAAAAAAAAACAAGCUCAUGGAUACUUUGCUUAAUUUAUUUCUUCUUGUAUGUGUGAUUUUUUUUUCAUGUAUUUAUUAAUGAAGAGAUGCAGUUUUAUUAUAUUUUGGAGGUUUUUCUUUUCUUUUCUCUUUUUCUGUACAUGUGGCGUGUUUGCGUUGGGUGUUCUCGUCAUCUUGUCAUGUAGCAGCUGAUUUACAAAUGAUCCAUUUUUGUCCCUGUAGCCAUUAUUUGGGGGUUGUUGCAUUGUCUCCCCCCCCCCCAACCCCCCACCCGGGCCGUGUGCGACAAGAACAGGUUUGUUUAUUUUUCUUUCUUUUUUCCCCCUCGCGCCAACGAGUAUUCUGAGCCAAUGUGGCGCCGGGAGGAGCUGGAAAUCUUCACAGUUGUCGACUCUCUCAGGGAACGAACCUUGGAAAAAAAAAAAAAGAAAAAAAGCACCAGCGCAUACGGGGGAGGAGGGGGGGGGACGAUCUCAUCACCGUCAUUUUUACUUUUUGGCCCCCCCCCCCUCUCGGAACACGGCUCAGUGUUAUUGGAGGCAAACGCCAAGUAGCUUUAAGCUCCGCUCAGGUUGACGUGCGGACGUUCCGUUGUUCACGUUCGCCGGCGUCCGCCGUUUUUGUCACCGUUUUGCGGGCCGGUUCUGUUCUGUUCCUUUUCUGUCCCCCCCCCUUUCUUCUCGGGCAUCUUGUGUUCACGUGUUUUGGUUCCCGAAUUGCUUACAUUCUGUACAACCAAUUGAGAUACAAACACUGGCAAGCUGAGACACUGUUUAUGAUUUUUUUUUUUUUUUGUUUCUGCUUUUCAAAAAAAAAAGUGUAAAUAAAGUGAGAAGGCUCAUCACAACUAUUCA